GAACAAAAGUCAUCACCAGAAGCUAAGAUGGUACAUACACGAGCAACCCAGCGCGAGAGUCCUCCCCAAGGCCAAGAAAGAGGCCAGCCCCCAAGUGUCAACCCCGUGUCGCAGAAUGCACCGGUUGCAGCCCCCCAACAUCAGCAGACGGAGGGAGUUGGGGAACACAAUCCACAAUAUCCCAACGCCGUAGCAAGCGACCCUGUGACCGCUCAACUCAAUGCCAUGCAACAACAAUUCGGGGUCUUCCAGCUAGUACUUGCCCAGCUGUUAGCCAGAGAUAACCCCGCUGACCCACUUAUUCACUUAUUGAACCCAGCUCCCCCCGUGGCUCCCCAACCAGUUCAACAGCCUGCCAACUCCCCGGUCCGUAGUGUCGCCCCAACCGCUUCCCAAGCACAAUCUCACAUACCACCCCAGCCACAAAACCUGCCUCAACCAGCUGCCUCAGAUGUCUCAAAGAGGCUAGACAACCUAGAAAAGCUGUUAGCUGAGAACAAAAAUCCACAACCACAGACCCCACCUAUAUCAACCUCCAUCCCCACUCCCCUCAAUACUAAAAUUACCCAAGAGCCAUAUCCACCCGGUUUCAGGAUGCCACAGUUUGAAACCUAUGAUGGCACUAAAGACCCUGAUGACCACUUGCAUGCAUUUUUCUCCAUCAUGCAGGCUCAAAACGCCUCAGACGCACUCAUGUGCAAAAUGUUCAAUGACGCCAUGCUGGAGGUUAAUGCCUUUGAUGAAGCAGUGGGAGUAACUGCCGUGAUACAAGGCCUCAACCAUGAUCGGUUUCGAGAUAACUUGAUCAAGAACACCCCAACCACCUUUGACGAAGUCAACCAGAGAUCCCUCAAAUUCAUUAAGGCCGAGGAGUACGUCCUCUCCAAACCCCAGCCCCCCAAAGAAGUUAGAACCCCCACCUGGAGAGAAGAAGGCCAGAGCAGGAAGAAGUUCAAACCCACACAGAACCGAGGCCCAAUUCCGAUUCCCAAGCUAGACAGGCACGGCUCCAGCACCCCACAAACGCGGCCUAGGCCACCCUCAUGGACCUCCUUCACAAUUCCGAGGUCGCAAAUUCUCAUGCAAAUUAAAAAUAAGAUGGAGAUGAGGAGACCAACCCCCCUACAGAGCCUACCAACAAGCAGAGACCACACCAGAUACUGUGACUUCCACCAAGAUCACGGACAUACCACGGAAGAAUGCCACAGUUUGAAGUCCGAGCUGGAAAGUUUAGCCCGGAAAGGGAUGUUGAAUGAGUACAUCCAGAACAGAAAUUUGCCAAAGUUUGUCAAAGAACAGGGACAAGCCCAGGGGUCCCGAGCACCAAACAACAGAGAUGGGGUAGGGUACCAACAAGCACCGCCACCUCUGCCACCCCCAUCUAGAGUCAUUCACAUGAUAACUGGUGGGCCCGAAGCAGGAGGCACAAGCUCCAAACAGCAGAAGCUGUACGUGAGGGAGGUCAAACACCACAAUACAGCUCAGAAAAGAAAGAUUGACGAGGAGGAUUGGAAAAAUCAGUCUCUAACAUUCACUUCGGCUGACUUCGAGGGGGUUGUCACGCCCUAUAACGACCCAUUAGUCACCUCGGUCAUCAUUAACAACUGCGAGGUCCAGCGAGCGCUCAUCGACACCGGCAGUGCUCCAGAUAUAAUGUAUUACCAUUGCUUUGAGAGCCUCGGACUCGACCCGGCUCUCCUACAAAAGUAUGACGGGCCCAUUUACGGGUUCAACAAUCAGCCGGUACCUGUGGAAGGAGUGCUGCGACUCAACGUGGCGUUCGGCUCCGGACGGACGUACGUAACACCCUCAGUCAGAUUCCUGGUAGUGAGGAUGCCUUCAUCGUUCAAUCUCGUCAUCGGGAGGCCGACUUUGACCGAGAUUCGGGCUAUAGUGUCCCCACCCCACCUCUGCAUGAAAUUCCCUACCCCAAUGGGGGUAGCAACCCUACGAGGCAACCAAGAGGCGGCCAGGCAUUGUUACAUGACCUCCGUCACGAGGUCACGAAGAAAUAAGGAGAUAGUCCCAUCACUAGAGUUACCCCACUCAGAGGCCCCGAAUACCCAACAGGUAAUGGGUGUAGAGCUGCCAGAUAACAGACCAGAAGAUGACCCAAGAGCCACCCCGGUCGAGGAGGUCGAAGAGGUACAACUUGAUGAUAAUGACCCAUCCAAGAAGACUCAGAUCGGCACGAAGCUGACUCCCAUAGAAAAAGAAGAACUCGUGGGCUUCCUAAAAGCAAACAAGGAUGUGUUUGCAUGGACCUCGGCUGACACGCCCGGAAUCCCAACUUCGGUGGCAGUACACAAACUCAGCACCAAUCCUUUGAGGAAGCCAGUAGCACAGAAGAGACGGCUUUUCGGGGGGGAAAGACUCACAGCCAUUAAGGAGGAAGUGGAGAAGCUCUUGCAAGCAGGGUUUAUCAAGAGAGUAGAUUACUGCGAAUGGAUUGCCAACCCUGUCAUGGUAAAAAAGUCGAACGGGAAGUGGCGCAUGUGCAUCGAUUAUACCAACCUCAACGACGCCUGCCCUAAAGACUGUCAUCCCAUGCCUAGCAUAGACAAGCUGGUAGAGGCCGCCUUAGGGAAUGAGAGGUUAAGCCUCUUGGAUGCUUACUCGGGGUAUCAUCAAGUUCGCAUGGCGCCCGAGGACGAGAAAAUGGUCACAAUCGUGUUUCGGGCUCAAAUUGGCAGAAACCUCGAAGUCUAUGUAGAUGACAUUGUUGUCAAAAGUUCUCGAGCAGAGGACCACUUGACCGACCUGGCUGAGACGUUCAACAACCUUAGAAGGUGCAGCAUGAAGUUGAAUCCAGCAAAGUGCACUUUCGACGUUGAAUCAGGCAACUUUCUGGGUUUCAUGGUUUCCAGAAGGGGGAUAGAGGUCAACCCUGAGAAGAUAAAGGCAAUAGAAGAAAUGAAACCACCGAGGUCAACCAAGGACGUGCAACGCCUGGCAGGGAGAGUAGCAGCACUGCACAGAUUUAUCUCCAAAUCAGCAGAUAAGUGCCUACCUUUCUUUAAGGUCUUGAGAACUGCAGCUCAGAAGGAUGAAACGGGAAAACCCCAGAAGUUCAACUGGACGACGGAGUGCCAGGUGGCUUUUGACGAGCUCAAAGCCUACCUCAGCUCGCCGCCUCUGCUGACUAAGGCUCAGGAAGGUGAAAUCCUUUAUCUCUACCUUGGAAUAUCUGAUAUUGCUGUCAAUUCUGUCUUGAAACCAGAAUGCUCCGGGAGACUCAUCAAAUGGGCAAUAGAGCUGGGAGAGUUUCAGAUAGCAUUCCAGCAGAGGUCGGCAAUCCGAGCUCAAGCUUUGGCAGAUUUCGUGGUCGAAUGCACUUCUAAUCAGGCCACAAACAACGUGGCCGAGUACGAAGCCCUCCUCCUGGGAUUACGUCUGGUGGCCGAGCUCAAAGUCAAACGCCUGCAGAUUUACAGUGACUCACAGCUGGUAGUUAACCAAAUCAAUUCUAUGUGCGAAGUCAUUGAUCCCAUCCUGGCGAAAUAUGUGGCCGCAGUCUCCGAGCUGAAAAACCGUUUCGAAAAAUUCCAGCUUAUAAAAAUUCCGAGAGCAGAAAAUGAGCAUGCAGAUUCUUUGUCAAAAUUAGCAUAUGAGAACUCCGGGGAAGCAAAAUCUGUAUACAUCGAGAUACUGAAUGAACCAAGCUUCCAGACGUCGGGGGUGAUGGAGAUCAGCACUGACCCAGAUGCUCCGAGUUGGACAGACCCCAUCCGGGAGUACCUCCUCAAUGGUACCAUCCCGAAGGACAAGCAGGAAGAGAUGAAGUUACGAAGAAAAGCCUCUCGGUACACCCUGGUUGGCGACAUUCUGUACAAGAGGUCCUACUCGUUACCACUCCUCAGAUGCCUGACACCAUAUGAAGCAGAGUAUGCACUAAGAGAAGUGCACGAGGGGGUAUGCGGUAGUCACGUGGGAGCCCGGACUCUGGCACAUAAGGUACUUCGGCAAGGGUACUAUUGGCCUAACAUGCAAGAAGACGCAAAGAAGUUCGUGCAGAGGUGCCAAAAAUGCCAGUUCUUCGCUCAUCUCACCCAUAAGCUAGCCGAAGAACUCACUAGCAUGACUGCACCAUGGCCCUUUGCUCAAUGGGGAGUAGAUCUUCUGGGCCCCUUUAUCAAAGCAGUAGGAGGAGCAACGCAUUUAGUAGUUGCUGUCGAUUACUUCACCAAAUGGGUAGAAGCCAAACCUCUAUCUUGCUUGACUUCGAGAAGAAUCGAGGAUUUCCUCUUCAGCUCAGUCAUCUGCAGGUAUGGGAUACCAAACCAGAUUAUCGCUGAUAACGGCCCCCAGUUCAAUUGCAAUUCCUUCAGGGACUUCUGCUCCAGCUACGGGAUUAAGUUGGUAUUCACUUCCGUCUAUCAUCCCGAAGCCAACGGAAUGGUUGAAUCAGUUAACAAAGCCAUCUUGGAAGGAAUCAAGCCGAGGUUAGAUCAGCUGAAAGCGAAAUGGGUAGAUGAACUCAACAAUGUCCUAUGGGCCUACCGGACAACAAACCGAACUGACACAGGCGAAACGCCCUACCACUUAGCCUUCGGCACCGAGGCAGUCAUUCCCGUCGAAAUUGGUGUCCCAAGCCUAAGGGUUAGCCACUUUGAACCAGUUCAAAAUGAGCGCCUACUAAGGGAAAACCUUGAUUUCCUAGACGAAGUCCGAGAGCAAUCCCGACUUCGGACUCUAACAUACAAACAAAGAACAGCCAACCUUUACAAUAAACAAGUCCAACCUCGAAACUUCAGAGUCGGUGACCUCGUCCUCAGAAAAGCUGGGCUCACAGGGUUCGAGACCCGAUAUAGCAAGCUAGCACCAAACUGGGAAGGACCUUACAUUGUAACCGAGGUCCCGCACCCCGGAGCAUACAUUCUCCAAGAUGCCUAGGGCAAAAGGGUGCCUAGAGUUUGGAACGUCAACAAUCUUAAAAAAUUCCAUCCUUGAAGGUCCCUUUCUUCAUUCUAUGUUAGCCAUCUUUUUGUAAAUAACUUUCCAGUACAAUG